AUGUCUGAUUGGGAUUCUGUUACUGUCAUUGGAAGAAAAGCCAGAAUCGGUGGUUCUGGACCAAAGGAGAGAGUUGUCAAAUCUGAGUCGCAGUUGAAUGCUGCGAGAAGAUCGGGUGCGGUUGUCGCGGUUGAGAAGAAAUAUGGAGGUGCCAACGCUAAGGGUGAUCCGGAAGGACAAAGAUUGACUAAAAUCGACAGAACUGACGAGAUUGUUGCUCCUAAGAAGUUAGAUCUUAGUGUCGGUAAAGCCAUUCAACAAGCCAGACAAGACAAGAAGAUGACGCAAAAGGACUUGGCCACCAAGGUGAACGAGAAGCAAAAUGUGAUCAACGACUACGAGGCUGGCAGAGCUAUUCCUAACCAACAAGUGUUGGCCAAGUUGGAGAGAGCUCUGGGUGUGAAGUUGAGAGGAAAGGACAUAGGAGCCCCUCUUUUCGGAAAGAAGAAAUAG